GUUUUAAAAAUUUAUCGAUAGUUAUAAAUAAUUAAUUGUUGUUAGUUAAAGAAUCACGUAUUUUUAGUAGUUUGUAAUAAAAAAUUGCGAUUUACUUAAACGAAAUUCUCAUGGCAACAAUGCCAAUCCACCAAGAGACGCUCGUCUUGAUGAAAAUUUAACAGAACAGUCUCAUUGUCUUUUGUGUUCUGGUUGAAUGAUGACCGAACAGUUUACUGGUAAAAUAAUUGACACUGAGAAAAUUAAUUCUCACGAUGAUUACUGGCUUGAUGAUAAGUUGUCGCUCUGUUUUGAUGCUGAAAAAAAUAACUCAGAGUGUGUAACUGAGCCUCCAGGGAGUUAUGAUCUGGCACAAAAGAAUGAACAAAGGGAUCAUGCUGGUGCUCAUGCUGUUGCUCAUGGUGGUGGUCAGUGUGGCCAAGAUAAAUCUCCAAUAAGUACUAUAAGUACCACCCAUCGUUUUGACAGAGAUAUAAUCUUCAGUCGACAAUACAAAGAGUCAGAACAAUAUGAUGAACCAAUUCAUAAACAUGAUAAACCAUUGAGCAAUUUGCUCAUAAAUUUGCCACCUUUGUUGACUCCAUCAACAUCAUCAUCAUCGUCAGAUGUCUAUCAGCAUCCACGUACACAUGAGUCAAAUUGUUUAACAACACAACAAGAAGCUGACAUGGGCAUUUCUGAUAUGUUUGGUCUUGGUUUAUCACGUGGGUCGUUGGUGAAUCAGCAGUUUGGUGGAUCACACUCCAGACAACAUCAACAUCAACAGCAACAUGUGACGAAGCAUAAUUAUGGACCAAGUCCAUAUAAUUAUCAGCCUGCAGUUUAUGAUGAUGACAAUGGAUAUUGUUCGAUGCAAUCGAAUGUUGAUAUUCCUGGAACACCAAAUUCUCUGAACACAUCAGGUAGUCCAAGUACACCAGGGAGUGUAUACUCAAAUCCAUACAACUUUUCGACAUAUACCAGUACAUCAUCACCGUCAUCAUAUCGAUCACAUUAUUCACAUGGUGGAUCACCACCAUCAGCUGUUACUCGACCUGGUUGUGGUAGACCAAUACGUGGCCCAUCAUUAUCAUACAGUGAUUGUAAUAGUUCAUCAAAUGAUUAUCAACAUGCAACUGGAUGUGCACGUUCAGAUUCACCAGCUGAUUCUGACGAGAGUGGUGAACCGAAUUCAUUGAAUGACAUGAUGGGUUGUCUUUCAAUGAACCAUUCAAAUUCAAGUCAUAUGUGUCAUCAACGUUCACAAAGAUUACCAAUGACCAAUCGAGACAUGGAUGUUUUUAACAAUCGUAUGACAAUACAACAACAGCACAAUAUGUCAAUGAAAAAAUGUAUGUGUUCAUCACGUGGUGGUGGUGGUAAUAGUAUACACCAAGAACAUGGCUUACCAUCUUUUCGUCAUCAUCAUUGCUGUCAAUCCAACAACAGCAUGAUGUCGAGUCAUUCAACAUGCUCAAACGAAUCAUCAUCACAUAUUUCAUUGGAUCGUGCUGCUAGAUAUCACAGAAAUGCUGCAUCAAUUUGUGAAGCAACAUACACUUGGAGUGGUACUAUUCCUGAAAGAACCAUUAAACCAACAGCAUAUUCAUCAAAAGUAUUUCUUGGUGGUUUACAAUGGGAUAUUACUGAGGCAUUAUUGGUUCAAGCAUUUAAACAAUUUGGUCAAAUACGUGUUGAAUGGCCAGGUAAAGAACAAUCAGCAGCACAACCCAAAGGAUAUGCAUACAUUAUAUUUGAAUCUGAGAAACAAGUUAAAUCACUUCUUGCUCAUUGUACACAUGAUUUUACCAAUGGUUCAAGUUGGUAUUACAGAAUAUCAUCAAAACGUAUGAAAGGAAAAGAAGUACAAGUUAUUCCAUGGAUAUUAAGUGAUAGUAAUUAUUCAAAAUCAACAACUCAAAAAUUAGAUCCAAGUAAAACUGUAUUUGUUGGUGCACUUCAUGGAAUGUUAACUGCUGAUGGACUUGCUAAAAUAAUGAAUGAUUUAUUUGAUGAAGUUAUAUAUGCUGGCAUUGAUACUGAUAAACAUAAAUAUCCAAUUGGUUCAGCAAGAGUUACAUUUGGUAGUAAACGUUCAUAUAAAAAAGCUGUUGCUGCUGGAUUUAUCGAAAUUAAAACAGCAAAAUUUUCAAAAAAGGUCCAGGUUGAUCCAUAUUUGGAAGAUGCAAUCUGUUCAACAUGUUUUGUUCAACAAGGGCCAUAUUUUUGUCGUGAACAGUUAUGUUUUAGAUAUUUCUGUCGCACCUGCUGGAUUUAUCAGCAUACAUCUGACAUGAUGCGUUCUCACAAACCAUUGACACGUAAUUCCAAAGCCAAUCAAGUUGUUGGAUUGUCUGCACCUAGCUAUGGAAUGGCUAAUUCAACCCCUUCAACAAUUUCUUCUGUUAAUCGUUCAUACAUUCAUAAUUAACUUGUUUAAACAACUCGUUUGUUGCGAUAGAUAAUAUGCAAAAUAUUAUAAUUCACUUUGUUCGUAAAUUUUUAUAUUCGUUUAUUAUUAUUAUAUUUUUUUCUGUUCUAAAUACUCGGUGAGUGUAUUAAUCUUUUUGAAUAAUUUGCAAAGAUUUCGAUUAUUAAAAGUUAUUAUUAUAAUCAAGUUAUUAAUAUAAACAAGCUUUAUAUUUAUUAUUUAGUUUAAAUAAUACAAUGAGCUAUUUGUAGUUUGAAAAAAAAAAAAAUUAUGUUUAUAAAUUAAACCGAUGUUUAUAAUUAAAAAAAAAAUUAUUUUUAUUAAUCAAAA